CCCAAGUGCCCACUACCCUGCCCGUCCCGCGUUGCCAUUUGUGCAGCGCAGCCAGCCCGGCAAGGAAGCCUCUCUGACCGUCGGGGCUCGGGAUUUCUCGAAGCCAUAAAAGGGAGGGAGAGGCCCCAAAAGGAGUGAGGAGGCUACCAACACUCCCGUCCAAGCAGCCGCAGAGCCCGCCUCUAGUACCGCAGAGGAAAGGAGGGGAAAGGAACCCGUUGCCCCCAAUGGCUUCCUCGCGCGCCGCCGCCGGCCCCUUCGCGCUCUGCAUUCUGCUGCUCGCGUCCCCGGCCGUCUCCGCCGCAUUCUUGUUCGACGACGGGAAGUCGGCGGCGAAGGGCAAGGGCAAGGGCAAGGCGGCGGUCGACGUGGAGUGGCGGCCGGCCACCGCGACGUGGUACGGCGACGCCGAGGGCGACGGCAGCACCGGGGGAGCGUGCGGGUACGGGACGCUGGUGGACGUGGUGCCGAUGAAGGCGCGGGUGGGGUCGGUGAGCCCGGUGCUGUUCAAGGGUGGCGAGGGGUGCGGCGCCUGCUACAAGGUCCGGUGCCUCGACCACGGCAUCUGCUCGCGCCGCGCCGUCACCGUCAUCGUCACCGACGAGUGCCCCGGCGGCGGCCCCUGCGGCGGCGGCAACACGCACUUCGACCUCAGCGGCGCCGCCUUCAGCAGGAUGGCCGUCGCCGGCGCCGGGGCGCACCUGCGCGACCGUGGGCAGCUCAAGGUGAUCUACCGAAGGACGGCGUGCAAGUACGGCGGGAAGAACAUCGCCUUCCAUGUGAACGAGGGGUCGACGAGCUUCUGGCUCUCGGUGCUCGUCGAGUUCGAGGACGGCGAGGGCGACAUUGGCUCCAUGCAGCUGAAGCAGGCGAACUCGGCGAAGUGGCUGGACAUGAAGCACGUGUGGGGUGCCACGUGGUGCCUCUACGGCGGGCCCACGGCGGGACCCUUCUCCGUGAGGCUGACGACGCUGUCCGCCCCCAAGACGCUCACGGCCCGCGACGUCAUCCCCAGGAACUGGACACCCAAGGGCACCUACUCCUCCCGCCUCAACUUCGACGCCUCGCUCUGAUGGCGGAGGGGCCGGGCCACGUUUUAUCGGCCCGGGAUGGAGCGAAGGCAGGCCCACAUGGCGUUCUCUUUGGAAUUGGACGUACGUAGAUUGUGUUUUGUUGCAGCUUAAUCGGUCUGUUGAUCGCCUAGUCGUAAGCUAGUGUGGUGUGGCGUGAGUAGUUUCGGAUGAGGAGGUGAGUGAUCUGGGUGCGGAGCAGCCGUCCUCUCCAAAAGGGAGAGAGAGCGUAUGCUGCUGGGAAUCCGAUGCGGAAGCCGACUGGGAGGGUUUUGGACCCCUCUGGGUCGCCGCUUCACUCCUGUUGUCGUGUGCUGUUUUUAUCUUUUCUUGUCUGUUUUGUUUGCGUGUUUGUUUGCCCUGGUUGGUUGAAUUGAAGGGCUCGUGACAAAUGUGUUUAGUUACUUCGAAUGGCGGGCUUGUACCGAGGUCAGGAUUCCUGCUUGUUCGCAUUUCCCUCUUCUUAUUAUGGACAUGUGUGUUCGUUUGGAGUA